AUGCCUCUGCCCUUUGACUUCCUCCCUGAAAAUGGUCGCAAUGUCAAUGUCAAUCUCUCGACCUCGUCGUCCGCUUCGUCUUCGGCCUUGCUGUCCGAUGUCAGAGCGCAACGUGCCCAGCGUGAACAGCAGAGAGUACUCGAAAAGUCCGCAAUAGUCUUACAGAAGUUUUGGAGGGAGAGGAGUCAAGGCGCCAAGUUCACCCAAGAGCUAUUGGACAAGUUGGACAACGGCGCGGUAGUAUCGGUUGACGAAAGAGCUCGUUUCUUGGUGGUGAUAUUUCGUCGGGGUUGGAUGACGGAUGAGACGAAGAGACGGAGAGAGAAUGCUUUAGUCAAGUGGUUCGAUCAAGUUAGUCAGACUGAUCCAUCAGCCUUCAUUCAACCCUCCCCGGACUGGAUGACCGUCCUGGCCAUCUUGUGCUUGAGAGCCGUCUCCCUCAUCGCACAGGAUCCGAACAGCGCCCAGACUGCUGCAACGUUACUGAAAGCAAUUCCCUCGGUCUUUCGUGAUGUCACUACAGCAGCCUCGGAUUCUGGCAGGAUAGACUUUGUCGAGGUGCUCGGGCGGGGUGGAUGGGUUCAGGAGCUGGUGAUUGCCAUGGACAAAUUGAUAGCGACAAAUAAGAAGAAUCCAUUCCUCGUGCCUGUCACUCAACUCCUUACCUCCCCCUUGUCCCUCUCUUCCUCCGCUCACACUCGUUCAUUGCUGUAUCCCUUGAUCAACCAUCUUCUUGCCAUUCCAGCUUUACCGUCCUCGCUGCCGAUCCCUGCGCUCACCCACUUGUCUAUCCACUUGCCGCUAUUCAAAUCCUUGCUCCCUCUAGCGGCCGCAGAGCCUGAAAUAAUCCGGCAGGGCAGACUGAGUAAUGAGCAAGGAAGGACCUAUCUCCUCGCCAAUCUCGCCAUAUUUGGUAUUACUGGAGGCCUCCUGGAGCGGAGCCCACCCAGUAGCGCAGUUCAGUGGAUAAAGGUCAUCGGCUCAGUCCUUCGGUCCAUGACGGACGGCUGGGGCCGUUGGAUAGAAGGUAUCAUCGAAGACGACGAUGAGCCAAUACCGAAGGCUGAGGAUGACGAGGACUCUGAUGGGGAGAUAGUUGGAUCGUCUAAAAAGCGGGCGAGGAGGACGUCCGGCAGGAAAUCCACAAGAAGACAGCCUUUACCCAAGAAUAUCAGCUCCAAAAUCCUCUUGUUGGCUGGUCGAGCGCAUCUCGUCUACCUUGCCGCAACUAUCAUAUCCCCAGCUUCAAAACUUCCUUCUUCCUCCCUCGGCGAUUUUGCCGCCUAUGCUUUGGCCCUGCUUGAUGCAUUCCGCGGAUCACCAAAGUGGGAAUCGAUCCUUGAGGCUUUGUUGAUCGAAACAAAGGGCAAGGCGUUCAGCAAACGAGUAUGGAGGGAAGGGGUCAGGGGUCGUUGGACAUCCUCAUCGAAUCAGAAAACUUGGGACACGUUUAUGACAAACCCUUCAACCCCUUGUCUUCUCCUUUUGACGCAUAUCUACUGCCAUUAUUUGCUCAUUACACCCGAUGCCGAGUUCUUCACUGAGACUGUCAGUGGGAGCAAUCCCUUAUCCCUCGACGAAGUACUUGAGCUCGCUGCAGUAUGGCGAGAUCUCGCCUACUGGAGCUACAUGAAUGGUGUCGCUGCGACUGGAUCGCCGUCAAAUGAAGGCAGAGGGAACGAAGACGUUCGAGCUCUGCUUACAAGGGGUUUAACUCGCAUAUCGGACCGGAACGCUCGACGCAAAUUCGCCCCGGACAACUUCUUCGUCACCAUCUCUCCGGGUGAUCUCAGAGGCUUUAUUGCUGCUGCAGUUAUGGAGGACGCAGCGUUGACGGAACAGAUCGCGCAAGGGAGCGAAAUCGAUCCUGCUGAUCUUCCGCGAUGGGCCAGGGCCAGGAAUAGAUUCACCAAGCGACAAAUGGCGUACAUCUCACCGAGACUAGGACUGUUGAACAAUCUGCCGAUGGUCUUGCCUUUCAACACGCGACUGGAGAUCUUCCAAAAAUUUAUCGACACGGACAUGGUGAACCUUGGUCUCAGUCGAUACUCGAGACGAGGUAUCCGUGCUACAAUCCACCGGACCUCGCUAGCCGAGGACGGCUUCAACCAACUGAGCGAUGUCGGUCCAAUGCUGAAGGGCAGAAUCGGCAUCACCUUUAUUGACAAAUUCGGGCAAGAAGAAGCCGGUAUAGAUGGCGGUGGCUUGUUCAAGGAGUUUCUCACAAGCUUGAACAAGGAGGUAUUCAAUACCGAUCGUGGACUAUGGCUAGCGACAGAUCAGAACGAGCUGUAUCCGAAUCCGCAUUCUUAUGCGACUGAGCCGCAUCAACUUGCUUGGUACACUUUCAUUGGUAGAGUACUUGGCAAGGCCAUGUAUGAUGGCAUCCUAGUGGAUGUCUCAUUUGCAGGUUUCUUCCUGGCCAAAUGGCUAGGAAGGUCCUCAAGUAUCGACGACCUUCAGUCUCUAGACAAUGAGCUAUACAAAGGCCUGAUUGUGCUUAAAAGCUAUCCUCGACCAGAAGAACUGUCACUCAACUUCACCAUCGUGCAAGAAGAAUUCGGACAGACGCAGACUAUCGACCUCGUUCCAGGGGGUUCUGAUAUCCCUGUGACUGUGGAGAACAGGCACGAAUACAUCCAACUUGUCUGUCGGUACAAGCUCGACAAGCAGAUUUCGGCCCAAUCCCGGGCUUUCUUUAGUGGCUUAUCGGAUAUCAUCGAUUCCAAAUGGCUUCGAAUGUUUGAUCAAAAGGAAUUGCAACAAGUCAUAGGCGGAGAAGAAACUCCUAUCGAUAUUGACGAUCUGCGUGCAAAUACGGAGGUGUCUGGAUUUGCCAAUGACGACACCAUUCAAGUCUUCUGGAAAGUAGUCAAGGGCUUCAACCAACAAGAACGAAGAGCUCUCUUGCGAUUCGUAACAAGUUGCUCGCGGCCCCCUCUACUUGGCUUCCGACAACUCUCACCGCGCUUUGGUAUUCGGUGCAGCGGAAACGAUACGGGGCGCUUGCCAUCGGCUUCCUCCUGCAUGAACCUGCUCAAGCUACCUUCAUACGAUAACGAAGUUGCUCUCCGUUCCAAACUUUUGCAGGCCAUCAACUCAAAUGCUGGAUUCGACCUCUCAUGAUUUCCCCUUCAUUCGUAGCCAUCCUUCUUUCACGCCCUGUUGUCAAUACUACGCUGAGCACCUGUGUCCAUAUAUGCCCCUCCUUAUUCCCUCAUCGGAGACCAGAUCUAUAUGGCCUGACCAUGCAUGAUGCCAUUCCACAUUCCGUGCCUCCCCGUGGAUGCGGCAAUUCACUUCCAAGCCACUGCCUGCAAACCAAAAAAAAAGACGGAAAAGCAAAAUACCGGACGAGGCCGGGUCAUCUUCCUGGUGUCCUCGUUCCUUCAUCUAGCUCCUUGAGCCUCCAAGAGGGUAGCUUCGGCGGACCUCGACGAGCGGUUCGUACCUCUUGCCCCGCGUCAAAUGUCUCCCAUCCUCAAACGAGACAUCUCUGAACAUGCUCGCCAAGCUAGAAAAUUAGCUUCUGUGCUUACGGGAGA